AUGGCGAAGAAGAAACGAGUGGUCCGGAAGUUGGCGCCUCGAUCGUCUGAGCAUGAUUCCAAUGGUGGUCAAGUUUCUGAGAGGAAAGAAGCAAUUGGUGAUGAGCAUUCUACGGAUGGGUUAAAUUUGAUAAUAGAUACGAUAACAGAUGGGCCAACAGUACAGGUAGCUUCAAUAACAGAAGUGGUAACAGAUGGUGAAUCUGAGAGCCUUUCGAUUCCGAUUCUUGAUCGACGGCAGAGUAGGGAUUGGGCCAAGGAAGUGGAAGAAGAAUUGGAUGAACCUUUGCUUAAGAAUGGGAUUAAGAUAGCACAAGUAGAUCCGGAGGAGGUGAAAUUUCAAGCUGCGAACUGGAGUUCUGCGGUAAUAUGCAUGGUCCUAGGAGCGAACCCACCUAUGGCGGUGUUUGAGGGUUAUAUCAAACGUAUUUGGGGCCACCUUGGGAUUGCGCAAAUUGCUCGUAUGACCAUGGGCUUAACGAUGGUGAAAUUUAAUGAUGAGGUGACUAGGGAUCUUGUUUUAGAGAAUGGUGUUCUUCAGUUUGAUAGAAAACCGGUAAUUGUUAGACCGUGGUCUGCUGAUCUAAAUGCGGUGAAGUUAAUCCGUUCAGUUCCGUUAUGGAUUAGGCUUCAUGAUUUAGGUCUGCAAUACUGGGGGAAUAAUUGUCUCAGUGCUUUGGUCAGUACAGUUGGGAAGCCAAUUAUGGUGGAUCAACAUACUAGGGAUCGCACCAGAAUACAAUUUGCUCGGGUCUUAGUUGAAAUGGACAUCAUGGAUACACCACCAAGAGUAAUUCAAUUCCUCAAUGAAAAUGGUCAGCUGGUGGAACAGGGGAUUGACUAUGAAUGGCUACCGGUGAAAUGUAAACAAUGUUUGGGUUAUGGUCAUAUAAUGGCAGACUGUAGGAAGGGGAAUAGUGAGAAGAAAGAGAGGUAUGAAGAGAAGAAGGCUCCAGUCUCUAAACCAGAGGUCCUUAUUCAGAUCCCUCCUGUUUCGUGUCCUGCUUCUCAAAUGGAACCAUCUGGGUCAGGUAAACCAGUUGAUCACAAUCAGCAGAGUGUUGUUUGGAAGACUCCUAAAAGGGCUGUUGGUUUUCGAAUGAAGGAGAUAGAUCUAAGUUCUAAAGUUGCUAAUGACCAAACUGUUGGGACUAGGUCAGUGAAUAAAUUCAAUAUUUUACAGGAAGAGAAGGGAAGCUGGAAUGUUAGAGGUCUGAAUAAUAAGGAUAAGCAGGAUUCAGUCGUGGAGUUUUGCAAGGUUAAUAAAAUUGGAGUAGGGGGUUUGUUAGAAACCAAGUUGAAAGGGAAUAAAGUUCAGGAGUUGAUGGAUAAAAAAUUUGCUGAUUGGGAUUUUUUUAGCAGUGCUACUGUGGAGGGCAGGUUAUUGAUUAUUUGGAGAAAGGUUUUUGUUAGAGUCAUAGUUAUUGCUGAGUCUCCUCAACAUGUUCACUGUGUUGUCAAAUUGACUGGACAAACUGCUACUUUUUGUCUUACCUUCGUCUAUGGUUUUAACACCAUUGAAAAUAGAAAGAAUGGAGGAAAUCCCGUUACUCAGAGUGAAUUGAAUGACUCUAACCAAUGGUAUUCUCAGGCUCAUAUUGGGGCUCUAAAAAGUCAUGGUUCGGUCUAUACUUGGACUAACAAUCAGGCUGGUUCUAAUCGUAUCUAUUCCAAGAUAGAUCACGUUUUUGUCAAUGAGGAGUGGCAUGAUCACUUUCCUAAUACGGAUGCUAGAUUUUGUUGGGAAAGUAUUUCUCAUCAUUGUUCUUGUGUGGUUUCGGCUAAGAUAACAGAGGCUAUUGGUAUUAAACCUUUUCGAUAUUUCAAUUUCUGGGCUAAUCACUCUGAUUUUAAGAGGUUAGUGGAGCAAAAUUGGAAGAAGUCGUUGGCUAGUAGAGGUCUCAAAGGGAUUUUCUUAAAGAUGAUGAGAGUGAAGCACUGUCUCAAGAAGUUUAACCAUGAAGUGAUUGGGGACAUUGGGAAGACUUAUCAGGAAGCUAAGGCUAGAUAUAGUGAAGCCAAGUUACAGGCCCAAUCCCACCCGAGAGACCUGCAACUUCAGGAGCAAGAAUCAAUUGCAGCAGCUAAUUUUGAUGCUCAAGAUAAAAUGUAUCAUAAUUUUCUUAAGCAAAGGAGCAAAAUUUCUUGGUUGAAAAAAGGUGAUUCUAAUACCUCUUAUUUUCAUGCGUGUCUGAAAAAGAGGAAAAUGGAGAACAGAAUUUCUUCCUUUAUGACAGAUCAAGCUAAAAUAAUUGAUAAUUUCCCUGAAGUGGUUCAACACUUUAUCAAUCAUUUUCAUAGCUAUAUGGGCAGCAGUAGUACAGUGAGGACCAGCUUACACAUGAACUGUUUGGAUCAGGGCAAUAAGCUUUCAUUAGAUGAUCAGAUAGGUUUGCUGAAGCCGUUUUCUUAUAAGGAAAUCAAGAGAGCUAUGUUCAGUAUCCCUGAUACCAAAUCGCCAGGGCCUGAUGGUUUUGGGUCUGGUUUCUUCAAGGAAAUGUGGUCUGUAGUAGGGGGAGAAGUUUGUGCGGCUGUGUCUGAAUUUUUUGUAACAGGUCUUAUGCCCCAAGAGUUUCAUAAUACUUUGAUAUCCCUCAUCCCUAAGCAAGAGAACCCAGCUAAAGCAGGUGAUUACAGACCAAUCGCGUGUUGUUCAACAAUCUACAAAUGCAUAUCUAAGUUGCUAUGUUCUAGACUUGCAACGGUUCUCCCAACUUUGGUUGACCAAAAUCAAGGAGCUUUUGUCCAAGGGAGAUCUAUUGCUCAUAAUGUGAUGAUUCUCCAAGAUAUAUUGAAGAACUAUAGGAGGAAAAAUACUUCACCUCGUUGCACUAUCAAGCUAGAUAUUAGUAAGGCCUAUGACAUAGUGGAUUGGAAUUUUAUUGAAGACCUUCUCAAUGCUUUAAAUUUGCCCAGUAGAUUUGUUCAACUAGUGAUGACUUGUAUUAGAAGCUCUACCUAUUCUCUCCUUAUGAAUGGUAGAAUUCAAGGUGGUUUUCAUGGGGCAAAGGGCCUCCGACAAGGUGAUCCUCUAUCACCGUUGAUUUUUGUUUUGAUUAUGGAUUAUCUUACGAGAAGGCUUCUUCAUGCUGCUCACGGUUCCCAAUUUCGUUACCAUCCUCUUUGCAAAAGUUUGAAGCUAAUAAACUUAUGCUUUGCGGAUGAUUUGAUUCUUCUUAGUAAAGGGUCCAAUAAUACUACUGGGCUUCAAAUCAAUAUCAAUAAGUCUCAAGUUUUUUUCGGAGGGGUUGCUCCUAGGGAGAAAGAGGAGAUCAUUAGGGAACUUGGUUUGGCUGAAGGUGAAUUCCCUCUAAAGUAUAUAGGGGUGCCAUUAAGACCUACUAAAUGGAAAGCUGAGGACUGUGGAAUUAUCAUCAAAAAAAUCAAAAUGAGACUGCAUUCUUGGGGUAGUAGACAUUUAUCGUUUGCUGAUAAAGUGCAAUUAAUUCACUCAAUCUUACUUGGCCUUCGAAAUUAUUGGAUGAGUACUUUCAUCCUUCCUCAAAGUGUUUCUAAAGAGAUUGAGAAACUUUGUAGAGGCUUUCUUUGGGGUUUAAAUGGGAAUAGAAGCAAAAUUAAUAUGGCCUCUUGGGAGAAAGUGUGUCUUCCUAAAGCUUUUGGAGGUCUUGGGUUCAAAGAAGGGUCCAAGUGGAAUCAAGCUAUCUUAGCUAAAUAUGUGUGGGCCAUUUCCGAGAAAAGAGAUCUUUUAUGGGUCAAAUGGGUGAAUGCUAUAUACCUUAAGGGGGUACCAUUUUGGUCUUAUGAGUUAAGGUUAGACACAAGCUGGUAUUGGCGAAAACUAUGUCGAUUGAGGCAUAAAUUUUCCUUAGCUGAGAUUUUGCAAGCAGGCUAUUCGGGUAAAUUUGGUGCUUCUAUUCUAUACAACAGCUCUCUGCCUCAGUCCCAGUUCAGUUACCACAGAGAUAUUUGGAGUAGCCUCAAUCUUCCUAAGCAUAGGUUUAUGUUAUGGCAGGUUGUGCAUACUCAUUUGCUAACUAAGGACAAUCUGAGUAAGUUUCAUUUAGUUCUUGAUUCCAUGCUCUGUCCGGUUUGUGGUGAUCUUCCUGAAUCGCAUCAGCAUUUAUUUUUUCAUUGCUCUCUGUCUAGAAAAGUGGUGGAGUUAGUGUUCAGCUGGUUGGGUUUUAGAGGGUGGCCGUUAGAGUUUGUUGGUUGGUUAUCUUGGCUCUCGCUGAAAGCUUCAGGUAUUAUUAGACUCAUCAGCAUUGCGGUUUGUGCAGCCACUUGUUAUUGUAUUUGGCUGAACAGAAACGGGUGUGUUUUUGAAGGCUGCUCUAAGUCUGCGUCUUCUAUUGCUGUUGACAUCAAGAGUAUAGUGAUCUGCAGAUUAUUUGUUAUUCAAAACAGGAAAAUGUCUAGAGUAGAAAGGAACUUUAUACAUAGACUAACAUGUAAUUAG